AUGCUCGAGCGCCAGGCCACGAAGCUCCUAGCGCGGCAAGCAUCGGCCGACGCCACAUCUGCUCAUCCAGCCACGCCUCGCUUGUCGGCCAGCCUGAUGAUCGUCUAUCCCCUGAAGACUCCUGCAUCCGACGGCUACAACUAUCGCAUCUUGUUACUGCAGCGUACAAAGAAGACGAGCUUCUCUUCUGCCUAUGUCUUUCCUGGCGGAAACGUCGAUCGAGCAGCAGACGAAGUUCUGGCUGCUCGACUCGUUCCCCAGGAGCUCGAAAGCGCGACAUUGCGGAUCUGUGCCAUUCGCGAGACAUUUGAGGAAUGCGGUAUCCUACUCGCCAGAGAUGCUCAGGGCAGACGCAUCGAAUGGCCCGGGAAUGGCGACUCGAAACUUGCUUGGCGCGAACGUGUGCACGAUGACGCUUCACAGUUUGCUGAGCUGUUGAAAGAGCUCGACGCGACGCCUUCGCUCGACUUGCUCGCUCCUCGUGCCAAUUGGACGACGCCGGUCAUCAUGCCAACACGAUGGGAUACGACAUUCUAUUGGACUAUCCUCCCUCCCGUCGAGAACGAUGCCGCUCUGACGCCAGAGGUGGUCAGCGAUGGCAAGGAGACCGUCCUUGCUGCCUGGUACACUCCUCGUGAAGCCGUCGAAGCAGCGUAUGCACGCAAGAUCAUCCUUGCUCCUCCCCAAGUCUAUCUGUUGGCCGAACUCAUCCAAGAUAAAGACUAUCGCGCUUUACUACAUGACAAAUACGCCCGCGUACCGAGAGCUCGCUCUCGCCUCGUCAUCAAUUUCACUCCUCGUUUUGCUACCGUUCCUUCGGAUGAGGGCGGCGAGGACGUGUUUGCUUGCCUGUACCCUGGCGAUGCUUUCUACGAAGGCGAAGAGCUCGCUAGUGUUGACGAUCCGCGAAGGCACCGUCUAUACAUGUUGCCAGCUCAGAAGAACCAGCUGGUAGGCAUUGUGCGUAAGAAUCUCGGAACAGAAUGGGGCGUAGAAUGGUCAGACUUUGUCUACGGCUCGUCCAGCCUGCCACCGCCUCGUGCGAAGCUCUGA